AUCACUGAGAAAAGUCAAUUGCGGGGCAAUCGAAGGCAUGUUAAAAACAUGUCUAGCCAUUGACGAUGGGGAUAGCGAGUUUGUGAAGCUGGGAGCUGGCGUUGGUAAUUAAAGACGAACAUCGGUUCCGCGCGGGAUAUUCAGGUGUUAGAGCGAUCCAAUGACUAGAAGAUGAUAGAGGGAGUCUAGUAUGGAAAAGGCAUGCACUGCCGACUGAAUGGUAGCGCAUGUAAUCUAGCCCUCGACUGUAAAAGUCGGACUCGCCUUGACCUUCGAAAAGUUCACACAACGAUCCUCGAGAGACGCAAAGCGCAGACAGAACCGCCAAACCCAUCCUCGCAAAGAUCGCUUGAACGAGCCUUCGAGUCCUCCAACUUCCUCGAACUUCUGCUCCGAAUACGGCGAAACCACGUAACUCGGGUCGAUUGCAAUGAAACUUGUCGUCUCGUUCACAUCCAAGACCGUGAAUCCGACCCGCUGAGGACAUUGCAGAGAGAAGGAAACCCGAAAGGCAAACCAGAAGGUAUGGCUGCGAAGAUCAAACGUACCAUGAUUUUGCGAAUGAACGGUGCAGGCGGUGAAGGCAGCCAAGGCAGUCAGCCUGGUAACGAUGAUGAUCCGGUGCGUAGAUAUUUCCAAGUAAACGGUGUCGGGCCAAGGGACAAAUUCUGA